AUGCGCUCCCUGGGGGGCGGGCGGCGCGCGCUGCUGCAGCAGCAGCAGCAGCAGCCGCAGCAGCAGCAGCAGCAGCCGCUGCAGCAGCAGCAGCAACGGGCUCGCGGGGCCGCCGCGGUGCUGCGGCUGCUCUCCUGCUGCUCCCGCGCCGCAUGCAGCAGCUUUGGGGCUUUCUUUUUGCUGCUGUCUUCCAGUUUGCUGCUGCUGCUGCUUGCAUGCAUUGUGGCCCCGCUGGGGUGUCUGGGGUUCCCCAUGGAUGCAGCGCGCAACGCGGAGCUACAGCAGCAGCGGCAGCAGGAGCAGGAGCAGCAGCAGCAGCAGCAGCGGGAAGAAGCCGCGCUGGCGCUGCUUUCUCUCCACGAAAAAUAUAGUCCUCCUAACUGCAAGUAUCAUCCUUUGCCUUCUUCUUUGGAUUCUUUUGGCCUUUUGAACAACAACGGGGAGCUUACAGUGUCCGAUGUCUUCGGCCUCCCGGGCACUUCUGAAAGAGAAGAGUUCCUUAUUUCCUUCACCAUUCCCGCUGCAGCCCAAGAUGGCCACUCCGUCUUAUCGCUGAGCGCCGAUUUACACCGCGACAGUUUUGUGGAGUUUAAGUACCUUGAGGUGUACAGACACCCCAAGCAAGACCCGCCAAUGGUCCCCUUCAAACAUGCCCUCGAAACCCCCGCAGCAGCAGAAAAGCACCGGAGAGCUGCACUUCAAAGUGCCAGGUGA